AAGGUAUUUUGGCCUCUCUCUAAUGUAGCUCCGUUAUUCGAGCCACUAUCGCCUCUCGGCAGCCCUUAGAAUACCAAAAUCCUUCUCACUACUGUGUAUACGUUCGCGUUAUACCGCAUUAAUUUCAUGAACUGAAUUUUUAAAAUAUUCUAUAAGUUAAAAUGAUUAUUAUGGUGAAAUUCGCUUGGCAUUUUGUGGCCAUAAUAAGCAUCGUAUCUUGCCUACAACAACAAUCGAAUCCCGAUGCAGCGACAACGUUGACUACAACGACGACAGAAGAAACCGAUGAACACCGUAAACUUUUGCCAAACUUUUCGCUAGCGUCGUUUUUACCUCCAGUUUCAAAAAUUACGUUGCCAAAAUUACCAGCAAUUCCUAAAAGAAAUACUAUUACGUUGACUACGACUGUUCUCACGCAGAAAACCAAACGCGUUGUAGUUCAUCCAACUUGUUUAAGACUACACAACGUUCAAUCUGUCUGCGAUGGGCAUCUGGAAACCAUCGUUCCUACUCCGAUAUUUCCCGCAGUACCUUUGUGGAAAUCAAGCAGCGAAUCAAUUGAUGAUGCAGAUCGUGUGGAUAGAGGAUCUAUUUCACCUUCGGCAACUCAACAAAUUCUAGCUACAGAUAUCGAAGACUCACCUCGUAAAAACAUCCUGGAACCCAGCGAACACGAAUACGAGUACACAUCAUCACUCCACGACCCCACCGAUUCACUAGCACCGGAAUCAGAUUCAGAAACACGUAACCUCGGUAAUUUCAUCGAUAACAUCAUCGGUCCAAAAUACAAAAUAGUCACAGAACACCUAACCGUGACCAAAGUCAUCCCAUUUACCGAUUACGCCCACACAGCUACCAUCGUAGCAGUCAAUUGCCUCCCUCCUAACCUCCCUUACGUUCUUUGCGAUCUCGACCACAUCAAUCCUUUCCUCGUACAAAUAGUCCAAAGGAACCAAAAUAAGAACACCGAUCAAGCUGUCAAACAAACCGUUAGUAAAGUCUACGAAGCAGUGAAUAAAUUCUACAUUAAUAACCCCCAUGGUAUAUUGGGGAUCAGUCCUCAACACUCGGAGAGUCAGUUUUAUGGAGCUUUGAACUCGGAUGGGAUUCCUUCUCUACUUCGAACUGCUGAACAGUUCCCCUAUUUUGGUAAAUCUUUAGAUUCGACGAAUUCGACUGCUUUAGACGAGGAGGAUUGAAAAUUAGUCACACUUUUCAAUCCCUACCUACCUACCUAUCUAUCUCGUAUAAGUACAAAUAUGUACCUAAUUGUACCUAAAUUAUUUAUAUAAAUAAAUAUCGUGUUUUUUUUUA